AUGUCAGAUACAUCAACCAAGUCAAGCGUGACGCCGUAUUUGGUCUAUCUCGUAUUCAUCACCACGCUUGGCCCGCUUCAAUUCGGCUACCAUUUGGCAGAGCUAAAUGCCCCUCAAGCAGUGAUAACAUGUGAACGCAAAGGUGUUCAUUCUGCAGGCAUUACGUUCCAUGGUCUGCCGCAAUGUCUUGCGAUGAGCCCAUCCCAAUUCGGCCUGGUCUCCUCAAUCUACACGCUCGGUGGUCUGGUCGGGGCUCUGCUGGCAGGACCUGUCUCGACUAAGUACGGGCGUCUCCUUGCCCUCCGGGCGACUACGGUGUUCUUCACCCUGGGCCCUGUGGCAGAGACACUUGCGCCCGCCAUUCCGCUUCUUAUUUUGGGUAGAUUCCUCUCCGGAAUUGGUUCCGGUGCUGCCAUUGUGGUUGGCCCGAUCUAUAUCUCAGAGAUCGCUCCUCCCAGUGCUCGAGGCUUCUUCGGUGCCUUUACUCAAAUCAUGACCAAUGUCGGUAUACUGUUGACCCAAACCCUGGGGUAUUUCUGGAGCGAAGCAAACAUCUGGAGACUGAUCUUAGCUGUGGCUGGAAUAAUUGGUGCCUUGGAACUUCUGGGGCUGUUCUUGGUACCGGAGAGUCCUGCCUGGCUCGCAGAACACCAGAAGGUUGGCUAUGCUCGCAGAGUCCUACAGCGGAUCCGCGGCCGAGAUGCUGAUAUUGAAGCGGAGAUUGCUAGCUGGAGGAUUUCGGAUGCUCCAUCCGGUGAAGAAGAGUCUUUGCUCGCCCCAUCAGAGACUCAAUCUUCCAAGAAGCCUUCUGUUACGUUCAUGCAGGUUGUCAAGGACCCUUACUAUCGCCCGGCCAUUGUCGCUGUGGUUGGAGUGAUGGUGGCUCAACAAUUGACCGGAAUGAACAGCAUUGUUAUGUACAGUGUGUCCCUGCUGCAGACCAUCCUACCUACGACAGCCGCGUUACUGACAGUGAUGAUCUCGGCUAUCAAUCUCCUGAUCACGCUGGCGUGCUCUCCACUACCGGACCGCAUCGGCCGCAAGACGUGUCUCAUGCUGAGCAUCUGUGGUAUGGGCAGCAGUUCUAUUCUUCUCGCAAUUAGCAUCUACAUAAACGCGAAGAUCCUGACUGCGAUCGCAGCAUUGCUCUUCGUGGCAUGCUUCGCGGUCGGACUUGGCCCAGUCCCUUUUAUUCUGGCCUCCGAGCUGGUUGGACCAGAAGCAGUUGGCGCAGCGCAGAGUUGGGCAUUGGGUGCCAACUGGAUUGCGACCUUUGUGGUCGCGCAAUUCUUCCCCAUCCUCAAUGAUGCUCUCGGGGGCCGCGGAAAGGUCUAUUGGGUCUUUGCAGCUAUGGCAGGGUUACUAGGUGGCUUCAUCUAUCGAUAUGUACCAGAGACCAAAGGCAAAGCCAAUGCUGAUGAAGUCUGGAAUCGGACGGACCGACGACAAGACUAA